AAAAAUUACAGUAGCCGAACAGCACUCAGAACAACAACACCCAUCUGAAAUUAUAUGGCCAGAGGCGAGCGCGAAUUAAAGUAAAUCGCAAAUAAUAAAAAAUCGUGGAAUCUCAGUUGUAUCGAGGACGGGCAUCCUAAAUCAAGCCGCGGAUUCUUUGUUUUCAGUUGAAGGAAAGGAAGUUGUGGAAAGCAGUGCAAGCAGUGCAUGCUGCUGUUGCUCUUCUUCUUGCCUUGCCCUUCCACUAGAGAAGUACAACUUCAAAGUAAAGAGGAAAAACGAGAAGAAGCAGAGAACUCAAGGCUACAUCAUUUGGAAACAUACAGGGAAACCCCCUACAUUACAUUCGCUGGCCGAAUAUAUAACUUAUCUGGCGAGGAAAUAUGGCGGCACCUAUCGGAGCAUUAGCUGCUCUUGUUGCUGUUCUUGUUACGCUAGUGAUUUGUGGAAAUACGAAAUCGUCGUCGUCCGCGGGCUGGAUGCACCGAAGCACGCCACAAAUGGAAGUGGAGGCCCUGCGCACCGAGUAUAUUGCCCUGGAACGCGCCCUGUGGGAUUAUCUGGCCAAAACGGCCAAUAGCCAGAACAAUAAGGAAACCCAGAUAAGGAAAGUAUACGAUUCGCAUCGGGAUUUCGAUGCGAAACCCGCAAUGAGACGCACCUUUGAGGAGCAUCGCUACGAGAUCCUCAAUCACUACGAAUGGUCGCUGCUGGAAAGGGAUCUCAUUUAUAUCAGCAAGCUUUACGAUGCCUACAAGGACACCUUUGUCAAGCAGAACAACAGCGCCGAAUUAGAUGAACUAGCCGUUUUAAAUCUAGCCGGAGCAAUUCUACGCAACGAUAACACCGCCUCAAUGCCACGAAUCUUGCAGGAAAUCGAGCGUGUGAUGGUUUCCCAGACCCUCUACUACCGAGCCAUGCUAGUGUCCAACAAUCAAAUUUGCAAUACCAUGCAAUCGGCCCAGCAGUUUAUAUACUCGCUAUAUGCGGAUAUAGCCCUGACCGAACUGAAAGCCUACACCAUGAUGGAGUUCUCGUGGAUGAUGUUGCGGGUAUACGGUAAGGGCAACUACACCCAGGAGGCGGAACUCAUGCGUUCCGACUAUGAGAAGAGGACGGAACGCACACUGAAAAUGCUCAAGGAUGUGAUGCUACGAGCUGAUCGAAUCGUUUACCGCUGUGAUCCGCCGAAACAUGUCCAGGGUGUCACCUACGACGAGGUUACCCGCCUACUGCAAGGCUACAUCGAAAACGAGGUGGAUUUGAAUAACGAGGAAACUUGCCGAGAGACGUGCGGCUUUUAUCAGUCCACACGCAGCGAAGGCUGCUUCAAGGAUCUCUAUUGUUCCCGUCAGCCGAAAUGUACGGGUCGGCUGUACAACUGCCAGUUUGUAGACUCCGACAUGUGGGUGUGCCCGUCGCCACAGAACAGCACCAGGCGCUACGAGUUCAUCGAGUACGAGAACGGACGCGUCCUUGGCCAGCGGGGUAAGUGCACCAGGGGCACCACCAAGGUGGACAGCUGGUGGCGUUACCUUCUCUGGCACUGCAGCUACUGCUUCUGCCUGUGCGACGAGGAGGGUCUGAAGUCGGAUCGUUUCUUCAAUCUCCGGGAUACGGUCGCCGAUGUCAAGCGCAACCGAAUUGUGACUGGUUUGCGUUUUGUAAAACAAAAUCGCAUUUUCCACCUGCAAAUCCAGGAGGGCGAACUCCUGCCGCGUGGCACUGUCAAUCAAAGCACUCUGGAGUGGAAACCCGUGGAGAAGUACAACAUCUUUGAUCGUCAUGUGAAGAAUGGCAUUGACUAUCACAAAUUGAGCUACGAGAAACGCACCAUCGAUCUGGACGAUGUGGAUACGGAGGACAAUUCCUUUGUGAUUACCGGCGUGCGUUUCCGUGUGGUGGGCACACAUCUGAACUUGGAGGCUUACUACAGUGAGUUUGAUUUCCGAACGGGUAAACUCAUCCAGCCAGAGGCCAAUAGCUAUUGGAAGUCCAACGACAAUACCGAUGUCAGCGGUGCACGCAGGGAGAAACUGAGUUUAAACAACGCCGACGUGUCUACGCGGACAGUCGCACACUCAAUACCUCUGUCGCGCCACAAUCAGUACAUCGACUUCACCAACACAGGACUGGACAAGGAUGCCGCCCAGAGCACUGUGCCCUUCAUUGACAUCCAGGACGUAGUCUCAAAUCCACCAGUGCCACUAGCCGGCAUUGGCAUCUACUACAAGGGCCGCAACGGCUACGGCGGCUUUCUGGGCCCUAAGAUCAUCACCUACGACUUUAUGCCCCACGUUCAGGUGCCAAAUAAUAAGUUCUAAGGCGAAGAGAGUCGGAGAAGCGGUGCAGUUCCAUCCCGCACAUAUUUCAUAGCUUUUUUAGUUGUACACUACCUAUCAAUACACACAUGCAAUUACUGUCGCAUAGUUUAAGUGAGAUUGGAGGAGAACGAAGCGCAAGAGAUGCAGAAUCAGGCAAGACAAGAAUAUAAAAACAAAUUAUAUUGGAAUUUAGCCAUAACAAAAGAAAUAAAAAGAAUCUGAAUCUGAGAACCCAGAGAACCGAA